UAAGUACAAGGACAUGCUUACUAAAUACUUCUGUAUCUAAUGAACAAGGUGCCUUUGAAGCAUAUCUCAAUAUAAUAUGGAUAUGUCAACUGCACAUCGCGAGCGCGAAACAGGCGAUCUCAUGAAGGUAUUCGACAAUAAACGGGCAGAGGGUAGCUUUGUAAAGAUAGCAGCGCCAAUGGUGCGCUAUUCUAAACUCCCGUUCCGUAUGCUUUUAAGGCCAUACGAUGUCGACGUUGUAUUUUCGCCGAUGAUCAUUUCGCACUCCUUUGUCAGGUCGGAGAGAUCUCGCGAGGUUGAGUUCACAACCCUGCCCUACACUGAUCAGCCUCUGGUACUACAGUUCGCCGCAUCAAAUCCCCAGCAACUUGGGGAUGCCGCUGAGUUUGUGACACGCCACUGUGAGGGUAUUGACCUCAACUGUGGGUGUCCGCAGCAAUGGGCCAUGGAUUCGGGCUAUGGGUCUCAUCUCAUCUCAGAUCCGCAGAUGGUCUUUGAUAUGGUCAGCCAUGCACGUAAUCGUACCACGUUACCGAUAUCGGUUAAAGUUCGGGUACAUGACACCGUCAGUGAAACAGUUGAAAUGGCUAGACGGAUAGAGAAAUGCGGCGCCGCUUUCCUUUCGGUACACGGGCGCACACCAAAGCAACGGUACGAACCGGUGAACUACGAUAUCAUCCGGCAAGUUAAAGACGCUGUGAAUAUCCCCGUGGUAGCCAACGGGGAUGCAAAUAGCCUGGAACAGGCCAAUAGUAUAGUGGCUUUAACUGGUGUCGAUGGCGUCAUGACUGCACGAGGUUUGCUCAGAAAUCCGGCCAUGUUUAAAGGGUACGACACCACGCCCAUCGAGUGUGUGCAGCGGUGGGUUGAUAUACGAUCUCUGCUAGGCUUCAAAUUCGACAGCUUCCGGCAUAUCCUCGCACAGAUGCUCGUCGAUGUUCUGAGCAAGCAAGAAAUGCAGACAUUCAAUCGAUUGAACUCGACAGCGGGGAUAUUGGACUUUCUUUCAGACUAUGGAAUAGAAAAGGGCGAUGCCGGUAGAUUGGAUGCCAUGUACUGUGACCUUAUGAGCGAGGAUACAUACUAUGUGAGCUAGCAGGAAGAAUCACCAGUUUAAAAGCUAUUAGAAUAGUAAACCAGAUACGUUAACACCUUAUAUUUUAUUGGUGCUGAACUGUUCGGUUGUUGGAGCGAUAACCACCAUACACAUCCAUGCGUUCGGACUCAUCUCUUGCUCUCUAUGUGAAAUUUUACAAGAAUAUCUCAUGCUGGCUCGAAAAUUGCAGUUUUGUAUUUGCAUCC